AUGAACACUAAUGCGGAAUUGGACGCCUUUGCUGACCGUGUCAUUGCCAUCGAAGCGAUCAAGGAUUCCGACCUGAGUUCUCGUAUAAGCCCGGCGCGACGGGAUCCACUUGAGCCACUUUCCAAUCUGGCCCCGGCGAAUGGAGGAUCGAUAAGGUCGGAUACGAGGUUAAAACCUGAGCCUCAUGGCUGGUCGUUUAAGAACGAAAAUCGAGUGCCCUCACCCAAGCGGCCCCACGCCUGUGAUAUGAGCAAAUUGGUGUCGCCUGCACGUCUCCUUGGAGCAAAGAGGUCACUCACGGACAUAAUACCUUGCCUGCAGGCUCCCAAGAUUAUUUCACAGAAACGCCAGAGGCAUGAGUCUGUUCAGCAGUGGAAUAUUCUGCCUCCAGAUGCCCGCGAACAGUAUAAAAGCCGAGCCAUAUUGUUUACUCGCGCCCACAGUGCACCCACUUCGCAAUUGUUGGCUGAACUGCGUGAGUUUGCAAGUCAGAACGCUGGGUUCGACCAGUGUUUCAUCUCGUACAAAGAAGGUUUUGAUGCCUAUGUGAAGCAAUCUGAUCUAGAUAUCGAGUUAAAAUGA